CCCUACACGUGCCUCACCAUCUCUUCUUCUCUCACACCCUCAACUCUCUUCUGGGGUUUCUUCUCUCUCUUUAGCUGCUGCAACUCAACUCAAGUACACAACGUCAAAAGCGCAUGGAGGCCCUUGGGUCUGUCGAUGACUUCUUGGAUUUUUCAUCGGACAUAGGUGAGCAUGAUGAUGAUGAUGACAAACCUAGUAAAUCCUUUCCUUCACUUAACCCAAAAUGCAGUGAUCCACCAUCAUGUAAUCCAUUGGACCUGGAUGAUCCAAACCAUUCGUUUUCUGAGUUUGCAGAGGAGGAGCUAGAAUGGCUAUCAAACAAAGAUGCAUUUCCUGCUGUUGAAACAUUUGUUGACUUACAGUCUAUUCAACCUGACAUGACCAAGCACCAAAGGACAGCCCCAGUGCUCGAGUACAGCACAAGCAGUAGCAACAGUAAUAACAGCACUAACAGUAUUUCCCUCCUAAACAGCUAUGAUCACCUAAAGGUUCCUGUCCGUGCACGGAGCAAGGGUCGCAGUAGGCGUCACCCUGGCAUUGCUAACAACUCUAGCCAGGAAUUCUGGGGUAGACAACCGAGUAAUGAAACUUCCAAAGCAGAACAAGUGAUAAAAAUUGGGAGGAAAUGUCAGCACUGUGGAGCUGAAAAUACUCCACAAUGGCGGGCAGGCCCACUUGGGCCCAAAACACUUUGUAAUGCAUGUGGGGUUAGGUAUAAGUCUGGGAGGCUUGUGCCUGAAUAUCGUCCUGCAAGCAGCCCAACUUUUCGUAGUGAUCAACAUUCCAAUUCCCAUAGGAAGAUAAUGGAGAUGAGAAGGCAGAAGCAAAUGGGAAUGGGAUAAAAUGCAAAGUGAUAGUGACUAGUGAGUAGUGCUUUUAGCAUUUAGCCUGGUAGGAAUUAGGAUUCUGAUUUUCUAUUCGAUUUUGAUUUAUUCUAAUUUAAUUUUUCAUCCAUUUUUGCUAUGGGAUGGUUUUAGACAGGCUGUGGAAAUUCUUGAUUGCAAAUGAAGUUAGGGAAGUUUCAAAUCAUUUGUGUGCCUUUGUUAUGCUGAAAACAAGGAGCAAGUUUGAGUUCUUUUGAUUUGGCUGUUUUUUAUGCUUGUGACAUGUACUUUGAUUGGGGAUAUCAAGGAGAAGGUUAGUUGCUGGAACGAUGGUUGUGGUCCCUUGACCAGAGAGAAGCUCUUAUGCUUAUCUGAACUAAUUCUAAAUUUUUAGACAGUGGUGUAGUUAACUGUUGAGGAAUUAUGAUACCAUUCAAGGAGUUGAAGAAAGAAAGGAUAAAAUGUCUAUCUUAGAUGCAAAGACAAACAUGUUCUUUAUUAUUUGAUCCUCCUUCUAAGUAACUAAGCUGUAUGCAACAAAAUUUGAAUUGAUCAAAGUCUUGACUAAUUAGUGGCAACAUGGAUUCUUUCUGUAUUUGUUUUUGGGGUCUCGAGUCUUUCUCUUUUCGUUGCCUUCCUUGGGGACAAUUGCAAACAUAGAUACAGUUCCUUUUUUAUUAUAACUUGCUAGCUGCUUAAUAUGUUUGCUUCUUUGUAUUGUGUGGAGAAAGGAUAGUGCAAAGUAGAUUUGUAUAUUGUUCUUCAGAACUAGUCUAAGAUCCUACCAAUGAGAUCAUUAUUAUUAGUGAUGCAACAUUGAAUUUACAGAAUAAUACAUUUGUUCUAAAAAUAUAAGACAAAUUUUCAGAACAUUAAAAAAAGAAGAAAGAAUUACCACUAGAUGAAAAUGGAGGCUUGCAUGGCCAAGCUUUGGUUGUUCAAUCAGGUUCACGGUGGAAUCUUGAGCAUUGUAGGUGGUUUGUGUGAACAUGGAAUCCCCAUUACUGAAAGUGAUUUUAAAAGAGUCUUAUUCUUAUUACUUUUGCCUUCUUGUUAAAUGGGUUAUUCUUUUCUUUCUGUUGGAUUUGUAUUUGCAUUAUUUUGUCAACAAAAUAGGGUUUGUUAAAACUUCCUUGGUGUGUGUUGUUGUUGGAUGUAUGUACCUGAACCCCUCUCUGCCAGUCAAUUGAGUCAACUAAUAAUAAUGAUUUUUUCUUUGUCAAUAUGAAAUAUUUUACUUCUUUUUUAAUCUUUAUAAGCGCUAAAAUGUUUUGUAUUCGGUUGACCGGAAUUACCGAGAAGAACAAUUUUAAAAAUUUAAUAGCAUGUUUGUUUGCAUUUUUAAAGAGUUUUCUCUUUUCAAAAUUAAAAAUAAGUAUAUUUUUUAAUUUAAAAAAAUCUUUUUAAAAAUGUAAAUAAACAUGCUUUAAAUUAGUUGAAUAGUUUUUUUUUUUACUCUUAUAAUUAUUUUCCUAGUUAUAUAUAUUUUUCUCAAGAUUUGUUGCCUAAUUUGUUUUUUACAUACCUCGUACCUCUCUUCUCUUUUGAUUUCUUCUCAAUUUAUCAUCAUAUCCUUUUUUUUUUAUUAUUUUAUUUUUCCCACCGCAUUAAUUUCUUUAUAACUUUAAUAAGAGAUUAAAAGUAAAUUAUAUUAGAUACAAAGACAAACAUGUUCUUUAUUAUUUGAUCCGCUUAUUAAGGAUCAACAUGUAUGCAACAAAAUUUGUAUUGACCGAGCCUUGACUAAUUGGUGGCUGGCUACAUAGAAUCUACUUUGGUUACAAUUGCAUCACGGAUACAGUUCCUUUUUAGUUACAACUUACAAAGUAUAUGUUUGCUUCUUAAUAUUGUGUUUCUUUUUUUUUUAUGUUCAACCUUUAUGUUGUGUGUUGAAAAAAAGGCAUUGUGAGAUUGAUUUGUACAUUAUUCUAUACAGCUAGUUAAGGAUCAUACCAACGAGACUAUUAAUGUUAAUAAUGAAUUUUGAAUUUAAUCAAUAAUACAUUUGUGUGUUUCAUAAUAUAUG